UGUUUCAACAGAGUUCAAAGUGAAAUAUAGUUUUAUUAAAUAAAAAUAAUAUUAAGGUCACAUGGCUCGUUACUGAGAGUAAAAUUAAACUGUUUGGAAAAUAGAGAAUGCUGUAUGGGUGUACUCAGAUCUUUGAUUCACCACUAAAGGUCUCGUAUAGCCUAUAUUUAUUUGGAAGGGGUUGGCUAAACUGACUCAUUAGGUGGAAAAACAAAACCGAAUGGGCGGAAGCAGGCUAACCGACGAUGAACAAAAUGUCAUCAUCAAAGAUCAAAUGAAUCGCUGCACAUCACUUCACUGGUGAAAGAACAAGACCUCACAAGUUUUAAAACAGGAAAUGACAAAGAAAGGCUUUGCAUUUUUUUUCCUCUCUCUGUUAGCUAUGGCCAGUGCUGCUGAAGACAGAGGCACAUGCUUUGGUGUCGGCCCUGGCACUAUAGCAGGUAUUAUAUUAGCUGAUGUUGCAGUGACGGUUCUCAUUGUUACUACCACCUACUGGUAUGCCAGCAAGCGCAGACAAAAGAAAGAAAAUGCUGACGAAGUCUACAUGAAUGUCAGAGCAAACUGCAAAACAUGAGGAUCGAGACUGACACGAACUAUGGAAGACUCACUGACAUUUAACAUCAUACGACACAGUAUGAUAAUAUAUAUGAUUUAUCUACAUUUUAGUACAGUUUGAAUACAUGGCUCUGGACUCUUAGGUGGUCAUAUGAUAGUUGCCUUGUAAAUAAGACAAAAUUAAGUUAUCUGUCAUAAAAGCUCACUGAAAACUAAAAUUAUUAACAGCAAUAACUGCAGUGCAAUGAAGGAAAAACACUGCCACCUAGUGGAUAGUUCAGGCUCGCUACUAUUUUCUUCCUCUAGAAGUAAAAGUGACUUAAAAUGUAAUGUCAUCAAGCUUUCUGAAACUUAAAAAAGAAAACCUCAGUUUCCUCUUUUUGUUCAAAAAGACAUGCAAUUAUGCAUUGUUUCUACAGGCGUCAUUGAGAAACGGCUGUAUAACACAGGCAAACAUACAAUCUCAGUUUCUUUGCAACAGCUUUAGGUGAUUUGUAAGAGGUUAUAAUUCGAGUCUAUGGCAUCAUAGCUUAAUAUUCAAAAAGUGCAGAGUUCUUAUAUUCCUCUGCACCGUAUUGGCAUGCUGUAUAGUUUCUAUGCAUAUAAUUUAACAAUAAAUAAAUCCCAGAUAUUUUUAAAAAA